AUGUGGCAUAAACAAACGGAAAUGAAUCGUUACUUGUUCAUAGUCUUUUCCUCAGCACUUGUCGUCUUGACUUUACAGACGACCGACUUCCAAGACAAUCUGAUCAAUGGAUACCGGACAUUAAUAGCAGACAUACAAGUGCGUACGCAAAAGUCAAGGGAAGACAUGGACACGUUGGUGUCACAAAUCAAAUUGCUUAUGAAGAACGAAGCUGACAAAGCUAUUAACUACAUGACGGUGUACCUUGAGCAAAUAUCCUUAUAUUUUCAGGUAAUAAUUCAUGACCGUAAACCGCGAAAUGGAACUUACUGCAAAGAGAGCAUUGUGAAAUUACUCGGAGAAAAUCUGCAGUUGGCAGAUGAAAAUGUCACUUUAUGCUUAGCAUUGGGAUAUCAAAGAGUACAAAGGUUGCCAGAAAAACUACAAGUUCACUUUGAAACUCUAGAAAAUUUGAAGAAAUAUUCAGCGUCAAAGUUAUUUGAGUGUCAGAAACAACAGCAGGUUGGAGGGAAUUGUUCACACGAAAGUCAGGAUCUUGAAAGGACAGUUGUUAGUAUCCACUAA